AUGGUUAGAAAGCAGCAGCAAUAUACUAUGAAUGUUGAGCAAAAUGUGGGAGAGCAGUUAUUAAGGAAUCCAUACUGUUCAUCUGAAGGAACGCACUGCAGAUGUAGAUCACACCACGUGAUAUGUGAACUGCAUCGGGUUACGAAAAACUCGUGUUCCCUCUGGAAAAUAUUCCUAAUAUGUCUGUUGGCUUGUCUAGUAGCCACAGCCAUUACAGCUCUGGCCUUUUACUUUGGCCAUUUUGGCAACCCCACCAAUACCACCAUCGUCAUUCAUACAGAUGGAAGGUCCUGCCAAGAUCCCUGCACCUCUCCCUCUACGGCAUCUCCUACCACAAUCCCUUCACCUGGACCUGGGACCUCUCCAUUUCCUGAUGAUACAACCACACCAGCCUUGCCUACCACCACACCCACAUUUACUACAACGACGCCUAGUACCACCACAGAACAUGAAGCUGACAUUGAAUAUCCCUAG